GGCGCGCGCUUGUGAGCGUGAAUGACAGACGCACUCACGCAACUCGUUCGUUUGGUAAGAUAUGUUUGUUGAGAUAUUCUUUGAUGCCGCUUUUGUGUUCACGAACUACAGUUUGGAAAUAACUCCUAAACAUCAGUCACAAGUACCUCUCGGCUUCACAGGAGAAACCGCUCCUAAAGUUGGCAAUACCAAACUACAACGUAGAGCUCUUAGCUUCCAGAAAGAUUUUUUGUUGGAAGAGAAAGAGGGAACCAACAAAGAAUUACAUGUCAGUCUGCUGGGAAAUACACCCAAGGUCUCAGAAUUAAGGAAACGUUUUGAGAGUGUAAGCUCGAGUCAGAGUUGGGACAUGAACAGGAAAGAGCGGAUUGCAAGACGUCUGGAGGGAAUCGAUAGUGAUGCUCUCCAAAAUCUCCCAGGCUGUGGCGGUCUAGUUACCAAUCGACUGCUAGAGGAGGACACUCCAAGAUAUACCCGUGCAGCAGACACCUGUGACCCCUGUACAGUUUCUCUUCAGCACUAUGGCAAAAAUGACCCAAACUUCCCAAAUCUGCACAGUGCAGAGGUUCAGUCCAGAACCCACACAGUCCAACCGGAGACUGUCUAUAGCACUGGCUCCACUCAUGUGGCAGAGCUGGACUCUAAAGCUGAAAGGAUCGCACGCUACAAGGCAGAACGGCGCCGUCAGCUAGCAGAGCGCUAUGGCAUCUCUCUGGAUCAGGAGUUGGAGACUGACUAUACAGCUCGCUACUCCAAAACCUCUAGAGAGCCCGAUGGCUCAGACCGACAACAUAAGUCAAAGGUAGAUGGAGGAGAUGGAGUGGAGCAUAAUGCUUACACCCCCAGCCAUCAUGCAGACAGGGCCAGUUCACACAUUCACAGCGAUACAGAGUUCAUCCGGGAUCACACCGAGUCCAUCUCCGAGCGCGAGAGGAUGAUGAAUCUGGAGAACCAGAGGAGGGCACAGGAGCGGGAUAGAUUGCAUGGAGGUGGAGGGGUUGCACCUGACCCAUCUUCAUAUAUGGAUGUAUCAGGGUCUGCCAGGAUCCUAGGGAAGGAACCAGGGGCGAUGGGGGUUCCCAGCUCGCCUAAUGCAGGCCGAAGGACCAUGAUGCCAUCUCCAAAACAGGGAGCAUCUCCUGGUGAUCUGUUUAUUGAGCAGCAGGCUCACAACAUCCUCCAAAGACACGGAAUCCGAGUUAGGGAGAGACUGGCCCGUGAUGAGCCGUUUCACAGGGGUCAAACAGCAGAAGGACCUGCAUACAACCAGUUUCCCCAAUCAUACCCUCGAUAUCACCCUCACAAUCGGAACCUACCUGAUGCUCCAGCCAAACAGCCGCUGACCCACUCUGGACAAGAGGAACGCCAUAACCUAGGGUGCCAGAGCUACUUCUCUAUGGGCAGUGAAUCCGCUUUCAGGCAUAAACAAGAGAUUCAAGAAGUGCUUGAACCAGAGGGAAAACAGGAUGUGAGGACAGUGGGGCUCCUGUGGAGCAGAAAGGCAGUUUUACCUUCUGAAAUUCAUCGGAAAGAACGGCGCACUGAAGACCCGUGCCAAGGAAGUACCGACAACGUAGAGGUAAACCCUGGCAUCAGUUGGCACAGAAGGGAGGAUAUUGCAGAUGACCCCAGAGGGCGCCGUGGAGGUCAGUCAAGACGGGAAGUUUACACACAGCAUGUGUCCCGACUUCAGGCCACAGAGUCUAUGCAAGCAAGAGCUCGAGAGGCCCAUAGAAGGACUGACGCUAGCUGCUACGCCCCAAUCCAGACCUCCAGUGGGAGAUAUAUGCCAAAACCUUUGGAUACUGGAAAUGUCCAACAGAAUGCCAUCCAGAACCCAAUCAGAGAGCCUGUCCGUCAGGAGAAAGUGCUUAAUGGUGAUCCCCUAUCCCAUGAUGCAAGGGUUUCAGUUGCCCAACUCCGCCACACCUACCUGGAAAGUGUUGCGAGUCCCCGGAAAGCCGAACUGGCAGAAGAGGUGCCUCCAGAUACACAUGCACCCUGGAGAAGUGAGAGAGUCAAAGAUCGCUCAUCUCGUCGCCCUUUGCGGUAUAUAUGUCCUACUGAGAAUAGAAAGACAUCUGAGAGGUUUAGAACGCAGCCUAUCACAUCAACUGAGCGUGAACAGUCGGACCGGUAUCAUCUAAGCCCUGAACCACUGAGCCCUGAAGUGGAUGAGGAGAAGUUGGAUGAGAGAGCAAAGCUGAGUGUAGCCGCCAAGCGCUCUCUUUUCAGAGAGCUUGAAAAGACUUCAGAUGGUUCAGUUUUGAAGGCAUGGAGCCGUAACCCUGCUGUUGAACGCAGGCUGAGGAGAGGUCAGGAUCGCUCCCGCACUCAGCCAGUCACCUCAGAGGAAGUGGUCAUUGCUGCUACUGUCCCUGGCCAUUUGUCACAGUCCGUGACUGUACAAACCUCUGUAACGCGUGUUCCUAGUCCCACUCUAGUCAGCAGCUCUGUGACCAAAUCCAGCUUGCAGGCUUCAUCUCAGCAGAGCUCCAUGGUGAGGGAGCAGGCCAGAGAGGUUCGGCUGGCUCAGGAGGCAGUGGAGUCGGAUCGAGCUCGCCAUGCAUCUCCAGGGGAGGAUGGCCAAGAGGAGCCAGAUCUUUCCACGCUCAGUCUGGCAGAGAAGAUGGCACUCUUCAACCGCCUGGCACAGCCGUCCAGCCACGGCCUUCGGGCCAGGGGAGACACUCAGUCACGUAGGAGUAAUGCUCGCUACCAGACUCAGCCAAUCACACUAGGAGAGGUUGACCAGCUGCAGCCUGCAGGUGGAGCUCGUUUUGCAUCCACCUCUACCUCGGCCCUGAGAUCCUCAACCGUUUCCACUGAACAUGCUGGUGACAUCCACCUGACCAUGCCCAAUGUAUCUGGCCCUGCCUACUAUGAGCAGACCCUCUCCCCACCUUACCAACCUCAAACUGCUCAUCAGGGCCCAGAUGUGUUCCCGGUGGCCCAAGGAGAAAAGCAGUUAUUGAGCAUGGGGAAGAGGAAACUCCCCUCUCCAGAGAGCAUGAAACAGACACCACAUGCUCAACCGGCCAGAGACUGGGAGGAGUUUAAAGGGCACAAUGAGGCUCUGGUGACCCCUCAAGACCCUUCAGAAACAGAUGUAGAGCACAAGUCAAAGGCAGCCAUAUCAGCUCUUCCUGUGCACACAGCCGCAGUACGUGCAGUGGCAGCUGUAUCGCAGGGCUCAUCCUCUUUACGGAGCGGCUCUCUCGCACCGCACAUGCACACAGAGUCUGCCGGACACCUCUCGGAGGACAACAGGAAAGAAGACGAGCAGGAGACUGACUUUAAAACAGAGGAGGGAGACAAGUUCUCAGACAUCAUGUCUGCCAGACAGAUGUCCAUCAAAGAGAGGCUGGCUCUGUUGAAGAAGAGUGGAGAGGAAGACUGGAGGAACAGGAUAAAUAAGAAACAGGAUGUGGUGAAGGUUGCUGUGUCUGAAAGACAUGCCCAGCUAUGGGAAGUGGAGCAGAGCUUCAAGAACAAGGAUGAUGGGAUGAUGAUUGAUGACUUUGCCGUGUCUGAUCAACUUUGGGAUCCUGUCUUUUCCUCCUCCUUUUCGUGUGCCUCUGAACCACUGGAUCAAAUAGCAAUCCUCCCCAAGGCUACCCCCCUGCCCGUGCAGGUGGAUGAGCAUCACCCCUGGAGACGGAAGAGGAUGGGAAAUGAGGUGGUGGAGAGUCAGCAGAUUGAGCAAAUCGAGAUGUCUAUUCAGGAACGCAAGCAGCUCAUCACCACACAAGAGGAGGCCUGGAAGGUCAAAGGUUACAAAGCAUCCAAUGACUCCACUCAGUUUACAGUGGCUGGACGUAUGGUUAAAAAAGGUCUGGCAGCCCCUUCUGUUCUCACAAAUCCAGUGCUGUCCCCUCUGUCCUCUAAAAACAAGAAUGCCUCCCAUACCAUCUCAAAGCCACAUGAAGCAGAGAUAGAAGUCAGACAGGACAUGAAGCUGGAGUCAGACAAAAAGCUGGAAAAGUUGGAGUCAUUCCUUGGUCGGCUCAAUAGUAAAGUUUCAGGACUUCAAGAGGCCACGAUUGCAGUCACAGAGAAGUCUGUUAAAGAGGUGAUGACUGUGGAUGAUGAGAUCUUCAAUAAGUUUUAUAGACACACAGAGGAUAUGGCCAAGAUCACUAGCAGGGUGGAAAUCAAUGACGAUUUUGAUGCCAUUUUUGGAGUGCAGUUGCCCAGAUUGACUUCAGACAUGGUGCAGCACAAGCGUGCAGUACGGCCAACCAGAAAUGUUCAGUCAUCCAAAAACCCCCUGAAAAUGCUGGCCGUUCGGGAGGACAUCAGACAUGAGUACACAGAACAGAGACUGAAUAUCGGCCUUCUGGAGAGCAAGAGGAUGAAACAGGAAAAGAUGAAUAAGAACAGCGGUUUCUCUGAGGUUGCUCUUGCUGGAUUGGCCAGUAAGGAAAACUUCAGCGGUGUGAGUCUGCGAAGUGUGAAUGCAUCUGAGCAGAGUUCCAACAACAGUGCCAUGCCCUAUAAAAAACUCAUGCUCAUUCAAGUCAAAGGUCGACGGCAUGUCCAGACCAGACUGGUUGAGCCCAGAGCUUCCUCCUUGAACAGUGGUGACUGCUUCCUUUUGAUCACAUCUCAUUAUUGCUUCAUCUGGAUUGGAGAAUUUGCAAAUGUUAUUGAGAAGGCCAAAGCCGCAGAAUUAGCUACGUUCAUUCAGACCAAGCAUGACCUGGGAUGCAGAGCCUCGUAUGUGCAGACCAUUGAGGAAGGUGCCAACACUCACACUCAUGCUGCCAAAGAGUUUUGGAAGAUUCUUGGUGGCCAAGCCAGUUAUCAAGUCGCUGGCACUCCAGAAGAAGAUGAGUUCUAUGAGAGUGCCGUCGUAGAAACCAACUGUAUCUACAGGCUCAUAGAGGAUAAACUUGUUCCUGAAGAUGACUACUGGGGUCGAGUUCCUCGAUGCUCCAUGCUUAACCCUAAAGAAGUGCUGGUGUUUGAUUUUGGUAGCGAGGUCUACGUAUGGCAUGGUAAGGAGGUGACGCUGGCACAGAGAAAAGUGGCGUUUCAGCUGGCAAAGCACUUGUGGAAUGGCACCUUUGACUACACCAACUGUGAUAUUAAUCCUCUGGACCCUGGAGAGUGCAAUGCACUUAUACCCAGGAAAGGCCAGGGACGACCAGACUGGGCUGUGUUUGGCAGGUUAACUCAGCACAAUGAGACUAUUCUUUUUAAAGAGAAGUUUUUGGACUGGAGUGACUCCAAGAAAUCCGCUAAGAAGAAUGGUGACUCGCAUGCUGAAGAAAACAAGGAGCAUCGGGGUGGGGAAUGCCGGCCAUACGGUGCAUCAUUGAUGUUGACGACAGUACAAACGCCAGUCAAGACCGUUCUGGAUGGGGUCGAUGUUGGACGAGGUUAUGGAUUGGUGGAAGGUGAUGAGGGGCGUAAUUUUGAGAUCAGCACAUUAUCUGUUGAUGUCUGGCACAUUCUAGAGUUUGACUACAGUCGUCUACCCAAACAGAGCAUUGGUCAGUUCCAUGAAGGAGACACAUAUGUGGUAAAAUGGAAGUACAUGAUCAGUACAGCAGUUGGCAAGAGAUUGCAUUCAGAACGGAUCAUCGGUCCAGGGAAGGAGAAAUUUUGUUAUUUCUUCUGGCAGGGACGCAACUCCACUGUGAAUGAAAAGGGAACCUCAGCACUGAUGACUGUAGAGCUGGAUGAGGAGAGGGGUGCUCAGGUCCAGGUACAGCAGGGAAAGGAGCCUCCUUGUUUCUUACAGUGCUUCAAUGGAGGAAUGAUUGUUCAUGCUGGAAAGAGAGAAGAGGAGGAAGAAAAUGCACAAAAUGACUGGCACUUAUACUGUGUGAGAGGAGAGAAACCCCUAGAGGCCCAUCUGCUAGAGGUCGUGUGCCACUGCAGCAGCUUACGGUCUCGCACCUCUGUGAUCCUCCUGAACAUCCCAAAAGCCAGCAUGUACUUGUGGCAUGGCUGCAAAGCACAGAUGCACACACGUGAUGUGGGUCGUACCGCUGCCAACAAAAUUAAAGAGCAGUGUCCUCUGGAGGCGGGGCUUCACAGCAGCAGUAAGGUGUCCAUCCAGGAGUGUGAUGAGGGAGCUGAACCACAGGGCUUCUGGGAGGCCUUGGGAAGAAGAGAUCGAAAGGCGUAUGACUGCAUGCUGCAGGAUCCGGGAAAGUUCAACUUCACUCCCCAGCUGUUCCAGUUAAGCAGCACUUCAGGAGAGUUUGUGGCAGUGGAGUUUGCGUAUCCAUCUAGGGAACCAAAUUUGGUCAACUCGAUGCCUUUCCUACAGGAGGAUUUGUAUACAGCUACUCAGCCAGCCCUGUUUUUGGUGGAUAAUCACCAUGAAGUGUACCUUUGGCAGGGCUGGUGGCCUCAGGACAGUGAGAGCAUGGGAUCAGCUCGCAUACGAUGGGACUCUGACAGGAAGUGUGCCAUGGAAACAGUACUCCAAUAUAGCAAAGAGAAAAAUGAGAAAAAAACUCCCAAAUCAUACCUGAUCCAUGCAGGACUUGAGCCUCUUACUUUCACUAACAUGUUUCCCAGCUGGGAACACAGAGAGGACAUCGCUGAGAUCACAGAGAGGGAGGCUGAAGUAUGUAAUCAGAUCAUUCUGGUUGAAGAAGUCUUGACUAGACUCUGCAAGACCACUUACCCACUUGCUGAUCUUCAAGCCCGUCCACUACCAGAAGGAGUUGACCCUCUGCGUCUUGAGAUCUACCUUUCAGAUGAGGACUUUGAGGGUGUAGGGGCUUCUGGGAAGAAAGCAUUGGAAAUGACAAGAAGUGAAUAUGAGGCACUGCCAGGGUGGAAGCAAGUGAAUGUGAAGAAAGACAAAGGACUGUUUUAAAGGAACUUCUGACUGGGAUUGAAUCUGAAGUGGAGACCUUCUCAUUCCUUUUGAUCCAGACAGGACAAACGCAAGUGAAGAUCUACCUGUGUCAAACCACACAGGGAGGUGAAAAGGGGCUGGAUGAAGGAGAAAAGAAACUGAUGGGCAGGGGUUUAGCAGCCUCUUGUAGCACAUUUCUCUCCCAUUUUCUCCUUUUUUUUUAUCAGUGGAUUAGCAAGUUUUGUUUUCUUGUUGAAUGUUUUGAGUGCUCCCCAGCAUCUUAUCCUUCCCAUUGUUCUGCAUUGCUGUGUCCACAUAAAGCCAGUCACCGUCCAACAUGCACAAGGCAGCCCUCAUGCACUGCCCAGCUUUAUAUAAAGACCUAAUAAAUGAAAAAUGCCUUUGUUAUCUUUAAGCUCAAAAGAGCACUUUAUGUAAGUACGUUCAUACCUGCUCUCAUAAAUGGCCUCAAGAUGUGUUUGAACCUUCCAGAUAGAUGCUUGAACUUGAGAACCCUAUGUGUGUGUGUGUGUGUGUGUGUGCGCAUGAGAGUGUUUGUGAAUCUAUACAGUGUGUGCGUCUCUUCAAACAGGAUUGAAUGAAACUGUGGAAUAAGAGAAAAUCUCUUUCUAUUCUGCGUUGUAUAGUGCCUUGCCUUCAUGUACAGUUUAUAUAAAGACAGAUGCUAGUCUGCAUUUUGAAAACACAUUUGUGAUAUAAAUAAAUAAAUAAUGGUGCAAAUAAACACUGAAUAAUGUAGAUAAUGAAAAUCUUGUCUGGUGCUUUGUUCGCAAAUCAGUUUUGAUCAUUUGAAAUCAAACUCAUAAAAUCACGAUCAUACUCGAGGUUUUAGCACUAUGCAUGUAUGAUUUUGAUUUUGGUAAUGUUUUGUUUGACAUGCUGUGUCCCAAUUUGCAUGCUAUCAAAUUAAAUUAUAUUAAAUGGUAUUCGAAAUUAGAUUUGGCGUGCCCCAAAUCGUAGUAUGUUGAAAUGAGUGUCCUAAAGUUUCAUGAAUGGUUCAUUAUUGUCAGUGAAAAUUCAAAGUGCAGAUCCAUGCACUAUAAAUAUAUGAAACAAACCAUAUUUUAAACUGGCAAAUGUGAAGUCUCUCGAAGGAAUGCGAAAUGCUACUGAAUAAUAAAGUUCGGCGAGCGAACGCACAUUUCUCAAGGGAACGUAAAAGAGCCAAUGUACAUUUGUGUUAGUAAAUGUAACAUUUCUGGGGGGGAAUGCAAAUGAUUAAAUAAACUUUUCCAUCAACAUGUAAUUGUAGGGGCUUCAUGGUUUUCCACAGCCAGUAUGUACUACAAAAAUAACUUGGCAACCAUUUAAAAGCUCUUUAGGAAUAGAAUUCCUGUUUGUUGAACAUGCUUUAUUGUGGUAAUCUUGUUUUACAGCUUUACGUUCAUGUUCUCAAUGUACCAAUUAUGUAGUCAUAUAGUAGUGGUUGUAUCAAAUAAUGAACCCAUUUUAAAGAUAAAAAAAAAAAAUCCAACAAUACAUUAGAGCAGCAGAGGGCGCUUUUAUUCCACAAGUGAAAGUGAUUAGUAUUGCAUCAUCCCAGAAUGGCCUAUCAUAAGGGAAACCGUGUAAAAUAUCUGAAUAUACAUUUGCAUUAUCUCGUUCUCUUUUUUUUUUUCUUCAACUUGCCAUAUUUCUGUAUAGAUCCAUAAUUCACACAAAUAAAAAUUAU